AUGCGUUUACGUCGGAUGUGUGAGAUCAAAGCUCGCUCCAAAAAAUGCCACGUCGAUGAUGAGACCCACAAGCAGUACAUGAAAGGAGGAGAGGGUAGGGAGUGGUUGGAGAUAGCUUUGGCUGAAGCUAUCGAACGCUUGGGUACGGAGCGGAACCAGCACAAAAAACUCAGGGCUGAAUUUGCAGCACGCGUUCUGGUGGUCCGGGAAAGGAUGGAAAUGAAGGAGAAGGAAACCACAGGCAUGUGGCUGACGGAAGACAAGAUGAAAAAGUCAGGAGAUUACUCACCGGAAUCCAUCCGGUCAAUCAUUGCGUAUUGCUCCAAGUUUCCACAAGCGUUGGUUCGACAAUGGAAAUACAACCCCAACAUUCGGGAAUAUUUCGUGGAGACGGAGACCAAGCAAACGAUCAAACAAUCAGAACUGCGAAAGCAGCAAGAGAUUUCCGAUUGUGGAGACCCUUAG